UUCAAAGAAACUCCCGCGUAGUUUUUAUUGUUUGGUUUAGUCAUGUGCGUCUGAAAGAGAUGCAGUGUGUUUACAACCGAAUGACUGUGAUGUCUAAACUGAAGAGGAAGAAAUUAUCAGUCGAGGACUAUAAAUCCGAACAGCAAACGCUGAUCAAAAAGUUAAAUGACAGCCGGUGUUCAGUAGCGUUACAGGACAGCAGCUGCGCCACAACAUCAACAGGCAGGGAGAGAUGGUGGGAGAGCUCAGAGCUGAGUGAUGCCGAGAGACUCUGGGCUCUUACCUUGACAGCUCUUUGCCCAAACCUACAGUCAGAUGAUCUGGAAGAGUCCAUUCCACAGCUCCCCCCACCGUCAUCCACGAAAUCUCCUGUUCAAACAGUAAGUGACUGGAGAUGGUGCAAUGGAAACAAAGAUGUAAAUCCACCUCCUGGUCUGCCAGCUCCAUCAUUCCUUGUUCACCCACCACCAGCAAAUGACCCCAAGAACCCUUCACAACCUCCAGCAGAAGAAAAUACCAGGGCAUCUGAUCCACCAAGCCUUUCUGAUCAAGAGAAACAUGCAUCUUCACCUGAUGGAGACAGUGUGCCAGUAUGCAGUACACAAACUACUCAGCAGCGCAAACUAGAUGAUGGAGUCAACUGCCUUGAAGAUUGCAAAUUGUUGGAUGAUCAGGGUGACAGAUUUGGUCAAGCAAGGAAUGUGUCUGAGACAAGAAGAUCUCAAGCAGAAUCAAGAACAGUCAGGUCAGUAGAAGGGAAGAGUGCAGAAAUGGGUGCAGGAAAAUCUGAAUCAGGCAUAAGAACAUUUUCUGGAGCAGAAGGACCAGCAUUAGUGCUGGAAACAAAACAAGAAGCAAGUGGGUCUGGAUCAGGACAGGAAGCAAAGACUGGAGCAGGUCAAAGGGCAAAAUCGGGAGUAAGAGAAUUUGGAUUGGGAACAGGAACAAAAUCUGGAAUUGCCAAAGGAGCCAAAUCAGGACUGGGAAGAAAUUCAAUUGCAAGUGGAUCUGGAUUAGACCUGGGAACAAAAUCUGGAGCAAGUAGAUCUGGAUUAGUACUGGGAACAAAAUCUGGAGCAAGUGGAUCUGGAUUAGUACUGGGAACAAAAUCUGGAGCAAGUGGAUCUGGAUUAGUACUGGGAACAAAAUCUGGAGCAAGUGGAUCUGGAUUAGUACUGGGAGCAAAAUCUGGAUCAGGACAGGAGGCAAAAUCAGGUCUAGUAAGAUCUGGGUCAGGACUAGUACAAUCUGGAACUGUACAGGAGGAAGAAAACGGACUAAUGGUAUUUAGGUCAGGACUGGGAACAAACGCAAGAGCAAGUGGAUCCAAAUUAGGAAUGGAAACAAAAUCUGGAACAGAAUGGGAGGCAAAAUCAGGAAUACGAGGAUCUGGAACAAAUUCAGUGGAAGAGAAAAUAGCAAAUUCAGGAUCAAGUGAAUCUGGAUUAGGACUGGAAACAAAAUCUGGAACAGAACAGGAGGCUAAAUCAGGAACAAGAGAAUCUGGAACAAAUUCAGGUGAAGAGAAACUAGCAAAAUCAGGAUUAGGAAGAUCUGGAGCAAAUUCUGGAGCAAGUAGAUCUGGAUCUGGACUGGAAACAACAAGAAGUCCUGAAGGAUCUGAAUCAGGCUUGGAAACAAAAUCAGGAGCAGAACACAGGUCAGAACUGGAGUGCUGUCCCAUGUGUCUGAUGCCAUUUCCAGCCGGGUUCACCCAGAUGGAAUGUGAUGGACAUCUUGCGCAAUGCCUAUCAGAAAUGCACGAUGAUAUUAUUUGGUGAUUAUUAUUAGGAAUUACUGUUAUAUUAUUUUGGAUUUUUACAUUGCAUGUGCAGUGUAUGUAAGCAUUUCUAGUAACACUUUACAAUAACCAUACAUGAAUAAUGAUUAAUAUGUAAACUAAACAUGACUUUAUUAUGAAUUAAUGAUGAGUUAAUGUAUGCGCUAAUCAUGAACUAA